GUAUAAGUAGAAGGAGCAGUAUAAAUACAAGCAGUGUUGUAUUCGUAUUGAAGCAAGAAGCUUUUUGGUUAAAGGAUUCCUCAUUUCCUAACUGGCAAAGAGAUUUAUAAAUUCUGCUGGAUCAGCAAAAGUAUUCUGUGGACUUGCUUUAGGAGUAGUUGACUAAUGCGCUGCACAAUGGCAAAACAAAACAAAGAAACCAUAAUUUUUCAGCAUGUGCUUUGUAAAAAAUGUAUCUGCAUUUUAUUAUUUUGUUUUAUUACUUCUUGUCAGCCAAUGGACAUCAAAGCACCAACAAAUGGACUUUCUAAUUUUAUGGCCAUAUGGAAUGCUCCAACAGAACUAUGCAUGCAAAAGUUCAAAGUUAAAAUAGAUGUUAGUCUAUUUCAGAUUGUGGGUACCACAUUCAAUUCCAGUAUAGCUCAGAAUAUUACAAUUUUUUACACUGACAGAUUAGGCCAUUAUCCUUCAAUAAAUGAAACAAAUGGCAAGAUAUCUAAGGGAGGCAUUCCCCAACUUACUAAUAUGGCUUUUCAUUUAAAGAAAGCAAAGGAAGAUAUUGAAUAUUAUUUACCAUCUUCAAAACAACAUGGCCUGGCUGUAAUUGAUUGGGAAGAGUGGAGACCCCUAUAUACAAGAAACUGGGCUUCCAAGGCGGUAUACAAGAAACAGUCUAUAGAGUUUGCUCAACAAAUGGACAUAACAAUGACCCACAAAAAGGCAGUAGGUAUUGCUGCAGCUCAGUUUGAAUCAGCAGCAAAAAAUCUCAUGCUAGAAACUUUAAAAUUGGGUAAAACAAUGAGACCAAAUUAUUUAUGGGGAUUUUACUUAUUUCCAAACUGCUACAAUUAUCAUUAUAAAUCAAAUCCUAAACAAUAUACAGGACAUUGCCCAAAAUUGGAAAUACAGCGAAAUGAUAAGCUGCACUGGCUUUGGAAGGAAAGCACAGCAUUGUUCCCAAACAUCUAUUUAGAAGUGGCAUUAAAGUCAUCAAGUAAUGCUGCGCUAUUUGCUCGACACCGGAUCCAGGAAGCCCGUAGAUUGUCUACUUUUUCAAAAUAUGCAGUGCCUAUAUAUGUGUAUACUCGCCCAGUAUUUACAAAUCGGCCUGAUGAAUUUCUCUCCGAGGUUGAUCUUGCAAAUGUAAUUGGCGAAAUAGCUGCACUUGGUGCUGAUGGAUUUGUAAUGUGGGGAGAUGUUAUCAACAUGACUCAGAGUAAGAAAGCAUGCACUGAUUUAAACAGCUACCUCUUGAAGAUUCUGAAUCCCUAUAUCAUCAACGUUACACUCGCAGCAAAGCUUUGCAGUCAUGUUCUGUGUCAGGACAAUGGAUUAUGUACUCGCAAACACUGGAACACCAAUACGUAUCUUCAUUUAAAUUCAAAAACCUUAGCUAUCGAACAGAAAAAUGGAAAAUAUACAGUUGAAGGAAAUCCCACAUAUGAAGAUUUAACUUAUUUUUCCAAAAAUUUCAAGUGCCUUUGCUAUGCAGGACGAACAUGCAAAGAACCUAUUCAUUUGCAAAAUAUUGGACUGGUCAAUAUCUGCCUCCCAAAGAGCAAUAUUUGUAUAAAGGCAAAUUUCGAUGCAUUUUCCUCCAAGGUUAUGAAAAUAAGUAAUAUUAACUUUAGUCCAACAAAACCGACAUCCAGCAUUUUGAAAAGCAUUAUAAAGAUAAAUAAUAAGAACAUAAAUAACAAGUAGAUCAUACUCUUAAUAAUUAAGACUUGUUUUUAUGAUUUUAAAUAUGAAGUGUCUGAAUCUGAAUGUUCAUUUUCAUUAGUUGCUUUUAAAACUUGUAAAUUAAAAUGUUAUAAUUCAAAUAAACAUUAUAUAGUAUGGAA